UUUACUAAGCCAAUUCUGGAACGCUAUUGAUUAUGAUCCCUUAAAAGGAUUUUAAAAGGCUUUUAAAGGAUACCGUUCCUUGUUCUGAAUGCUGAAAUUUUCCCAACUUUCCAUUCGGUGAUGGCAGAGAGCAGAGAACAUCGGUUCCGGAUUAGCUGUUUAUUACAAUGAAAACAUACUAAUAACUGUCGUAUCAUCAUAAAAGAGUCAACACGCUUCGCUAUUGAUUCGGCAUAAAACGCUGCCACGCGUCACUAAAUUAUGGUAUUUAUUCAACUUCUUGUGCCGGGAAACAAGUUCAUAUUAUAUAUGUGUAAACAGAAACAGUGACCUGACCCGAAGUCGGAGUCGGAGUCGGAGCAGGAGCAGCGAACGUACGGAUUAGUCGCCCUCGAAAGGGAUCAUCACUGGCGGCACUACCCACAGGACAUCAGGACAGGACAAUAGCAGCUUUACAGUCGACGUCGUUCGGUUCGGUAUGCGGCGAUGAAAAUAAACAUUUAUUAUUAUUUCUUUCACUUCCUUUCUCCAACUCCGGCGAUGCGGCGAUUUUUGACGGCAACCGAAUAGUCCCAUAUUCAAAUCCAUUGCCCGCGUAUAGCCCGUUGUCGAAAAGGGACGGAAAUGUGUCGCUGUGACAAACACAAGAAGCGUGCCGGCUCUAAAGUGCUCUCGGAUUUGACUGUCGGCGGAUCCGUUCGGGCCAGCAAGGCAGCGCAAGAGCAACGAGAGGGAAUUCGUCGAAGCGUAUCAUCCGUGACAAAUUGCCUAAUGGCAGCGCAUCGUCAUCGCCGAUUUGGCGUCAUUCUUCUCUGGUUAUUCCGGCGCAGUUUGUAUGUCCGCACUAUUAAACUGUUGUAAACGGCUCCGAAUGGUCUUUUCGAAACCCAUAAGUCAAUAUUAUAUCUACAAUAAUGAGUCGUAUUUAUGGGGUAUCAUGAGAGCGUUUUUUUUAAUAUUUCAGAAAUUUUCGAAUUGGCAGUAGACCAACGAUGAAUUAAGUUGGUUUAUUCAACCUCCUGUUCUAGGCUAAAUGCCUAAAUACAUUGUUCAUUGUUGGAAAAAUAUUAGUGAGCAUUUGAAAACGGUCCGUAAUCGGAUGUUCGGCGAAGCUUUCGUUUGUUGUCGGAACAGGAGCGUUGUAUGGCCUUCAUGUCAACUUUGCGAAUGCAUCUCUUGAUUCUGCCAAUCAACUGUUAGCAAUUCGUGGCUCUCCAGUUAUUUUUGUACACCAAGGAGCACAAAACCCCGAAGAAAUCUUCGAUUAGGCGACACUGAGGUAGAUUUAUCGGGUUGUGGUUUUUGGGUACAAUUGGGAUCGAAUGGGUAUUCAGGAACGAUUGUGCUUUUUGGCGCAAUGCGAUGACGCUUUAUCCGGCCAAAACACGUAUUGUCCAUCAGCAUGAUGUUUUUGAAAAAACGGGAUCAAAACAUUCUACAAACAUUCGUUCUGGUACACAUCUUGAUUGAUUGCCAACCCAGAUGGCUUGAACCAUGGCUUAGAAAUACCUUUCUCGGAAAUGACAAUGUACAGCAUCACUUAUGCUUAAACUAAUAUUUUAUGUUCGGAUAUACAGUAGAACUAUCUGUUGAAUAGUAUCGAUCGUUUGCGGGAAUCUGCGUCUUCGAAAGAGGGAAGUAACUUGCGUCGUCCAAAACAAAACUUUUUCCGGAAAAAAUUUUUAAUCAACCAGCGGCAUUGGGAAUUCAGCGUUGAAAUCUGUGCGUCAGUAUAUCCCGGGGCUCGUGUCUUCUUUCGGUACUUUAUUCCGAGUCUUUUCAAUGUUUUGCAGAUGUACUGGUGAGAACAGUUGAACUGCGGCAUCCCUUUGACUCAGUGAAUCCUUGUUGUUGAAGGCACGAGAAAGAGAACGAAGUCCUUUUGCGUCCAUAAUUUUGACUGGUCUUCCACUACCUUCUUUACGAGCAGUUGUUGGGCAUCUUAUGAUAUUGUAAACUGUCGAAGCCGCAACAUUUUUGCUUUUAAAAUGUUGUACCGUAUACUAUUUGCCGAGAUUUCUGUGCAGUUCGUAGAUAAUACUUCUUGUUUCGACGACAUUUUGAACAAAACUGAGCAAGCAAACAAAAAUAAAAUACUAGCAGAAAGAGGAGAAAGAGAGCUAACACAUACACACUCUUAGUUCUUUCUGAGCUCGUUUGUUGUUGAACAUACAGGCCUCGAAAAAAUUCCAAAAUUUUAGUUGCCACCCGUUACAGGUUUAGUGUUCGGUAAUGUGUGAAAAAAUUCGGUUUCUACGUCGAAUAAAUCGUUCAAAAUGGUAAGAGCAAAUUCAGCAGCUAGAAGUUCUAUAUGGAAGAUCUAUAAUAGAGUAGAAACUGGCACAAACGUAUCCCAAGGAAGCCGUUCUAGUUUUAUUUAUUCGACCAGUUCUUCUGUCAAAUAUAAAACUAUUCUACGAUGCCGUUCUAAUUUUUUGUAUAUUUGAAACACGAGUAAAAUACUGCUUGGGCUGCCAGUUUUUCUUGUUAUAAAAUUCAGACUUAAAUUUUGUAAUUGACAUAAAUUAUGCAUCUAGAACUAGAACACUACUGAAUAUGCCCUAAGACUAUCCCCUCUAAAUUUAAAUAAUAAUUUCAUGGUUUAAAUUGAGAUAUGUAUAACAGUUCAAUCGAACAGUUUUCAUUGCCAGUAACUUCAGCCACAGGGGCGACAACAAGCAAAUUGUUGGAUUUUUGACGUUUCUCCCUUCGUUCGCUGCAAUAGCACGUGCGUUUGUUUUGAUAUUCUUGCUGUGCGGCGACUAGCCGACUUGUGUACACACACGUUUCUUUCGCUGCCAGAAGUACAGUAGUUUCUGUUCAAUAUCAUUUUGUAGCACAAUUUUAUUCAGAAUACAAUGGAUUUAAUGCUAAGUAACUUUAUCACCGAUGCUGAACCAAAGGUUGAGAAGAAGAAAACGAAAUCCUUCAACGGCGCAAACGAUGGUGGAUCAAAAUUCAGUAUGGUUUUCAGUAAAUCCCAACCGAUUAAAGCAAUCGUGGCACGGAAACGGACUGCACCCGUCGUCCCAUCUGAUAAAGCCAUCGUCCCGCAGAAUAAACCAGCGAAAAGACCAGAGCAGAAGAAGUCCACCAGAGCUCAACAACACGCAAAAAAAUCAAUCAAAACGACAUCAAAAACCGAGGAACCGCCUGACAUCGCACCAAAGAUGAUGAAGCAGAAGGAAAGUGAUUUUUCGCUCAGUAAUGAGUUCAAAAAGAUAAAAGUCAUCCGAAAGUCUAACAUUUUCGAUCGGUUGAAGCAUCAAAUGCCCAAAGUUGAUUUGCCGGACGUCAAUCCAUUGACGGAAACGGUGUUCAGCGAUGCCGCCCUAGAUUCGCUAGAUAUUCAUUCCCAUUCGAAAAAGAACGUUGUCGAUCUACUGGGCUACCAGAAGCUAACCGUCGUCCAGAACAUGUCGAUUCCGAAAAUCCUGGAAGGACGAGACGUUUUGAUCCGAGCGCAGACGGGUUCCGGUAAAACAUUGGCCUAUGCCCUGCCACUGGUGGAGCGAUUGCACUCACAGGAGCGCAAAAUUUCCCGAACGGAUGGAAUCAUCGCCGUCAUAAUAGUUCCGACCCGGGAACUGGCUCUUCAAACUUACGAACUGUUUGUGAAACUGCUGAAACCCUUCACCUGGAUUGUAUCCGGGUAUUUGUGCGGUGGCGAGAAACGAAAAGCGGAAAAGGCUCGACUGCGGGCCGGGCUAAACAUCUUGAUCGGAACUCCCGGUCGGUUUUGUGAUCACAUUAAAAAUACGGAAUCGAUGAAAUUAGACUCGGUGCGGUAUUUGAUUUUGGAUGAAGCAGAUCGGUUACUGGAACUUGGUUACGAAAAGGAUGUUAAACAAAUAGUGGAAUCGAUUAAAGGAAACCGACGACCGGAUGAUGGUGAUCAAACCAUACAAACGGUGCUGCUGUCGGCCACUUUGACAAACUCGGUGAAAGAGUUGGCCGGAUUGACGUUGAUUAAUCCGGUUUCUGUAGAUACGAGUGAUAUAGCAGUAGAACAACGGCUCUUUGACAACGUACAGGUAGAGGAUUUGGAGGAACGAAUAACCAUUCCGGCAACUGUUCGGCAGAGUUAUCUUGUAGUGCCACCAAAGCUACGACUCGUAACCCUCAGUGGUUUGCUUUCCUAUGAACUGAAUCGAAAAGUGAAGAAGGCACUGGUUUUUAUGGCAACUCAGGACUUGGUGGAUUUCCACUACGAUGUUAUGGUGGAAGUUCUAACACAGAAAAAGCUGGAUUCCGAAAACGAGAACAGUUCGGAUGAUGAUGAUGAGGACAACAUGAGUGAAUCGGAUUCGGCGUCAGAAUCGGAUCCAACCGAAGCCAUACUGCUGCCGAACGUAAGUUUUUUGAAGCUUCACGGAAAAAUGACCCAAAUUGAGCGCAGCUCGGUGUUCAAAGAAUUUCGCACCUUCAAAUCGGCCGUCCUUCUCUGCACCGAUGUGGCGGCAAGAGGAAUUGACGUUCCGAGUGUCGAUUUGGUCAUCCAGUAUCAAGCACCACAAAUCCUCGCCGACUAUGUGCACCGUGUGGGACGAACGGCCCGGGCCGGCCAGAGCGGAAAGGCGGUACUGUUUGUGGAACCGGCCGAGAUUGAGUUCGUCAAAUAUCUUGCCGGUAAGCAGAUCAAACUGCAGGAGGAACGGGUUGAACCGAUUGUCAAUCGAAUCGGGCAGUUAUUGAACGGUACGGCAGAGCGAAAACACAAAAACAAGGAACAAGCGGUCAUUGAAUUGCAGCAUCGUUUCGAGAAACUGGUGGCAACGGAGAAGGAGCUUUUCAGUCGAGCUUGCAAGGCGUUCGUUUCCUGGGUGCGGUAUUAUUCCAACUUCCCGAAGGAACUACGCCGGAUCUUCGCUAUCAAAGCCGUGAACAUGGGUCACUACGCAAAAUGUUUGGGCCUGCGCGAUCCACCGAAGCAACUGGUCCGACAGCGUGCCAGCGCUCCCGACGGAGGGAACGACGGUAGUAAAUUUCAACGACGGAACGGAAAUGGAAACCGAGGUUCCGCAAAAGGUCGCCUUCAGAAAGGAAACAACCUUCCGGAUCGAGCGAAAUUUAACCCGAAGAAACGAUCCGUGCCGCAUGAUAGGUUCGGGAAAGAUCGUCGUCCGUCCGAAGGUCCCGUCCAUAAGGAUCUGGCUGGUUAUGCCAAGGCGUCACGAGUGCUCAACAUGUCCGAAUUCGACAGUGGUUUAGCGCCACCGGCCAGGAAGAAAGUCAAAAAGCAUUAACCGACCGACUGACCGCAGAGUCCUACUACCGACUACGUCUUACCCGUUGUAUCCACACACAGAUUUGUUUCGAUACAUAUAUUUUUUUUGUUGUUGUUGUUCCGAAACGGGAUAAUGAUUCGCAUUACAGAAAUAAAUUAAAGCAAACAACCUGAGCGUACAGAAAUUGUGAUUGUUAUUAACAGAGAGUGGCGCCGUUGCCGCAACCACCGUCGGGUGCAACCGAGAGAGAGAGAAAGGAGAUAUAAUAUUUGCGGGUCAGCUAAAGCAAACAAACUAAUAAGCCGCCAUCAUCAUCAUCAUCAUCAUCAUCAGCUUCUUCUUCUUCGUCGUUUUUUUUCCUCAUCCUCGACGUUGCCGAGAUGAGUUGAGCGGUAAAUCGCUUACGCAAAACCACAAACAAUUGUGCGAUGUUGCAGUAGCCGGUCAAAUAAUUUAGUCUUAAAGAAGCAGAUUGCAGAGUCCUCUACCUUGAUGCUGCUUUCCAUCCAUAUUCGAUUCGGUUAGAGGUUACUAAAUAAGUUCAUUUGGCUAAGAAUAUCAGUACAAAUCUGGGACUGAUAGAUGAAUAAGAAUUAUACCGGAAUAAAUAAAUUAGUUUAG